AGGAUCACCGGAAGAAGGGGACAAAUUGGACGGUGAGGAAGACACCGGAUCGAUGACACCCACUUCUGCCGUGUCUCCUGCUCCCCCCGAAGACGAGGCGUCUUCGCCAACCCCUGGAGACGUUUUAACCCCAACCAGUCCCCGCUCGACUAACGGAGACGUUAGGAACGUGAACUCUCGAUGUGAUUCUCGCGAAUCUGGCGAAUCAGCCAUCCAGCCACGAUCGCCUUCAGCCGAAUCUCUGAUGUCUGAAAGAGCUGCUUUGCUUCGAGGUAUCCCUCUGGGCACAUCUCUCAGCCCCGUGGGGGUCACCCUGCCUCCUACCAUGCCCGCCGCCGCCGCUGCAGCUCUUCUUCCUCCACAAUCGGCUGCUAUGGCCGCGUAUCUCAAUGCGGCGGCGGCUGCUGCCGUCGCCCAGCAGUCGCAUCGCUUAAUGAUGACAUCGCCGUUACCUUCGAGUUUUAACAGGGCGUCGAUUUCCCCAUUGAUUUCGUCUUCCUCGUCUCCACCCGGUGGUUUCAACCCGUCGCCAGUAGAACAACCUCUUCAGUCACCGCCAGCGGAGGGUAUUCUGGACUUUAGCAAGCGUGGACAAAAAAGCGAAGCCGGUGAUAGUGACUCUGAUGUUGUGAAUCUCAGUAAGCCUGAAUCUCCUCCUAGUGGAGAACCUGCGGGGGGACCCUUAGAUCUAUCAGUUAGUAGUCGGAAACGCACAUCUGAGGAUCCCCUGACUACUCAACCACCACAGCGUAAAGCCAGGACUGACUUCAAACCAACUUUGCCGCAAUGGCCUCCACCGAUCGGUGCUUCCCAUUUGCCAUACUUUGCAGCAGCAGUAGCGGCAGCAGGAUUGUCUCCCAAGAACAAUUCUAGUGAACUCUGGAAUGGUAAAUUGAAACACCCUACUCCUACUCCUAGCGACGCCACCAAAGCUUUGGAAAAGAUGAGUGAAUUGAGCAAGCUGGGAGGGGAAGAUCUCUUCCGUUCUAUGGCUAACGCUGCUCCGGGUAACUCGGCGAGUAACAGACAUAGCGCGUGGCAGUCCCACUGGCUAAACAAAGGUGCUGAGCAAGCCAAAGACGUCUUGAAAUGCGUUUGGUGCAAACAGAGCUUUCCCAGUCUGGCGGCGAUGACCACCCAUAUGAAGGAAGCUAAGCACUGCGGUGUGAACGUUCCCGUCCCUCCUAUGCAAUCAACUAGUUUAAUUCCGCAACCGCAGAUCUCUUCGCCUUCGAAUACUAACACUAGUACCUCUUCAACCAAUUCCAACAAGCCAAAUCAGUCCGACCUUAAUAUGUUGAUCAAGGAAACCAUGCCUUUGCCUAGAAAGUUAGUUAGAGGACAGGACGUAUGGCUAGGAAAAGGUGCUGAACAGACCCGGCAGAUCCUCAAAUGCAUGUGGUGCGGACAAAGUUUCAGAUCUUUGGCUGAAAUGACUAGUCAUAUGCAGCAAACCCAGCACUAUACCAACAUUAUAUCUCAAGAACAAAUUAUUUCUUGGAGGUCCACGGAUGAUGCUAAAGGAGGAGGUGGUGGCGGCCCAUCAGGCCCAAAUCCACCGCCAGGAGGUGCCAGUAGUCAUGUCAGCGCCGUGCUCACUUGUAAAGUAUGUGAUCAAGCCUUCAGCUCUUUGAAAGAACUAAGUAAUCAUAUGGUAAAGAAUUCUCAUUACAAAGAACACAUUAUGAGGUCGAUAACAGAGAGCGGUGGAAGAAGGAGGCAGACUAGAGAGAAGCGCAAGAAAUCGUUGCCCGUUAGAAAACUGCUGGAACUAGAAAGGGCUCAACAUGAAUUUAAAAAUGGUGACAAUGGCAGCAUCAUCGAGAAAAUGCGCGAUCCCACUGGCGCUGGAAGGAUAACUUGCGAAAAAUGCGGAAAUAAAAUCGAAACGUCUCUCUUUGUUGACCAUAUAAGACAAUGUGUAGGUGGUAUGACAAACAAUCAAAGAAAUUUCUUGAAAAACGCGUUGAUGUCUAGCAACAUUCUACCUCCCGAAAGCCCAAGCAGAGAUAAACUUAAAACUCCUACUGACAAAUCUCCCUCACCUCAGCAAAGGUCGCCAUCUGUUAGUGACUUAAGUACUAAGGAACCAUCCGCAACUCCGGAAAACAACAACGGUUCAUCACCGUCUGUCUUGAACGCUAUCGAGAAGCUCAUAGAGAAAAGCUUUGACUCCAGAUCUAGACAAAAUCCGGGGUUUCCUGGACAAGGGCCCACCCAGGCGCCCAUGGGGAGCAGUAUAUUAAAACGACUGGGAAUUGAUGAAAGUGUGGACUAUACCAAACCUCUAGUCGAUGCACAAACUAUGAAUUUACUUCGAAGCUAUCAUCAGCAUCAGAGCCAUCACUACGGAAGAAGGGAAAGAAGCGGAAGUGAAUCCAGUUCCAUAUCAGAAAGAGGAAGCAGUAGGGUGGAUUCUCUUACACCUGAACGAAAAAUGGAACCUCCUGGUGUACCAAUAACGAGUACACCUAGAUCGACACCGGAUAUCAAAAGGGAAAAGUCACCGUUCAUUGAAAAAAUAAACAAUGCAAGCGAUACAGAUAACAAUGAGCAUGUAGUUGUUAAAAAAGAAAUGGAGGAUGAAGAUAGAUCUGCGGAGAAUCAUAAUGACUUUCAUGUUAAACGAGAAGUAGACGAGAUUGAUGAGGAUGAGCGCGGUAGUUUUCACAGCAACGGUGAAGUUUCAAAAGAAGAAGAAGAGAAACGGCGAAGUCCUCUGAUCAGUCCUCGACAGCAAGCUAUUGUUGCGGAUAACGCACAACCAAACAGUCCUUGCAGGAAUUCUACCAGUAGUCCUGCGAGUAGUGAUAGAUCUGGUACCCCACGCAGUACCAACGGGGACAGAAAGACAGCUGGAGGCAGUUUGGGUGCACUGAGUUCAAUGUUCGACAGUCUAUCAGGUACCAAUAACAGCACGGGCGACGGUGGUCAAACGGGAAACAAGAGAGGCUCCAGCCACCCUUUGGCGGCCCUGCAGAAACUUUGCGAUAAGACUGAAACACACACGAACAACAGAAGCCAUGCCGCUGCCACUGCCGUCGCCAACCCUGUUACCGCCAGCAACACCACGACUACGAGCGGCACCACUCCGGGCGCUAUCCUGGCCUUCAGCUGGGCCUGCAACGACGCGGUGAUGACUUCGGAUUCCAUAAUGAAAUGCGCGUUUUGCGAUACGCCCUUCAUUUCGAAGGGCGCUUAUCGUCACCACCUGUCGAAAAUGCACUUCGUGAAGGAUGGUGUAAUACCCGAUCCAGUGUCCUUAAAGACUUCACAGCCAUCCAGCUCCGCGGGUUCCGGGGUGCCCCUGAAGGGAACCGCCAUAGUGCCAACAGUGUCCAGUAGUUCCGCUUCGACGGGUGCCAAGAGUCCUCCGGCCCCCGGGGGCUUCGAGGAGAGUCCCCACUCGAAAUUCCUCAAGUACACCGAACUGGCCAAACAAUUGUCUAGUAAAUAUGUGUAAAUAGUGUUCAAUAAAACAAACAUUCCUAUUUUGUAAAGUAUAAAGAUAGUCUUGAAGGCAUACCGCUGUGAGCGGAAUUUUGUGAUGUUAUCAUAUCUUAAUUACAACCAAUAGUAAUAAUGGUAGCAUUAGUGAUAUAACUAUGUAUAUUCAUUGCGGAAUUACAAAAGGUCUCGAGUGAUUAUGAUUGUUAUACGAAUUUUAAGUCACAAAAUGUGUACAUAUUAAAUAAGUCAGUAUUGUAGGAAUGUAUACUUUUCUCAUAGGGCUGGAAAGGCCAAAUCAAAAACUAAAGAUCAAAAAACUUGUGUAUAGAGGCUGCGAAGCGUAUCCAAAUUCAGAGACGUACUAGGAUAUUUUAGUUUUUGAUUGGGUUCGUUACUUCAUAAAUUCCAAGCCCCCUAAUCGUUUAGAUAUGUAAAAUUAGUUGUUGGUUGACAGGCCGUAAGUUUUGGAAAGUAUUAAAAAAAAUGAAGAUCGUAGUCGUAAAAAAAACCAUUGAUUUUAUCUUCAACUAUUUAUUACUAAGUUGGAAUCUUGUAAAAGUUUCAAUAAUUAAAAAACAAACAAACAAGUAUACGUAUAUCGUAAAUAUCUCAUCUUCCAAGAAAAUUUUUAAAUAAAUAUUUAUCAAUAAUAAUUAUUAUACUAUACUGAAUAAUACAAAAGAUGUAUACGCAACUAGCUGAUAUUC